UGGCAAGGCGGUGCCGCCCUGCGUGAUUGACGGAUCCGGUUUUCCAGCUGUUGUAGGCGGAUUCGAUCCGGGUCGGAACGGGACGAUCGUUGCCGAGGGCAGCCGGAGCCUUGAGCUCGGCCCAGUACCGGCAUGGGAAACACGGACACCAAGCUGAACUUCCGGAAAGCAGUGAUCCAACUGACAACCAAGACACAGCCGGUGGAGGCUACUGAUGACGCAUUCUGGGAUCAGUUCUGGUCAGAUUCAGCCACUUCGGUGCAAGACGUAUUUGCUUUAAUUCCAGCUGCUGAGAUUCGUGCAGUGAGAGAAGAGUCUCCUUCAAAUUUGGCAACACUGUGCUAUAAGGCAGUUGAGAAGCUAGUGGCAGGUGCAGAGAGUGGAUGCCCCUCUGACACUGAGAAACAGAUUAUACUGAAUUGUGCUCGACUACUGACCCGUGUCCUGCCAUAUAUUUUUGAGGACCCAGAUUGGAGAGGAUUUUUUUGGUCAUCGGUACCAGGAGCCGGACGAAGUCAGGAUGAUGAUGAUGAAGAGGAUAGCUCACGUCCGCUUGCCGAAUCUCUUCUCUUGGCUGUAGCUAAUCUUCUCUUCUGUCCAGACUUCACAGUUCAAAGCCACAGGCGAAGUGGAACGGAUACAACAGAAGACAUUCAUACUCUUGACAGCUGUGAAUAUAUCUGGGAAGCUGGGGUUGGAUUUGCACACUCCCCAACUCCAAACCACACACAUGACCUCAACAGGACUGAACUACUGAAGCUACUACUGACAUGUUUCUCCGAAGCAAUGUACCUGCCACCUUUAUCAGAAAGCAAUGGUGCAGGCAAUCCCUGGGUGCAAUUCUUCUGCUCUGCAGAGAACCGACAUGCGCUCCCUCUUUUCACAUCCCUCCUAAAUGUUGUGUGCGCAUACGACCCGGUUGGUUACGGAAUCCCAUAUAACCACCUACUGUUCUGGGAUUCUCGGGAACCAUUGGUCGAGGUCUCUGCCCAACUUCUCAUUGUCACAUUAGAUUCUGACCCCACUACAAACUCUGGUCCCAGCAUGGAUGGAACGACUACCAGCACUGCCAUGGAUGAAAGCGAGAGUCCUGUACCAGACAAUCUCUUUGUGAAUUAUCUGUCACGGAUCCAUAGAGAGGAGGACUUCCAAUUUAUUCUGAAAGGUUUGGCUCGUCUGCUUCUUAACCCUCUCACUCAAACCUAUCUGCCAAAUUCCACCAAAAAAAUCCAGUUUCACCAAGAAUUACUUGUCCUAUUUUGGAAGUUAUGUGACUUUAACAAGAAAUUCCUGUUCUUUGUUCUGAAGAGCAGUGAUGUCCUGGAUGUGCUGGUCCCAAUUCUUUACUUUCUGAAUGAUGCUCGAGCAGACCAAUCCCGUGUUGGUCUCAUGCACAUUGGUGUGUUUAUCCUUUUGCUGCUUAGUGGAGAGAGAAAUUUUGGGGUUCGUUUGAAUAAACCAUAUUCAGUGCGUGUUCCCAUGGAUAUCCCAGUGUUUACAGGCACACAUGCUGACCUCCUCAUUGUGGUAUUUCACAAGAUUAUCACCAGUGGACAUCAGCGCUUGCAGCCUUUGUAUGACUGUCUGCUAACCAUCAUUGUGAAUGUGUCUCCAUAUCUGAAGUCUCUGUCCAUGGUGGCAUCUAACAAGCUUCUGCAUCUGCUUGAAGCAUUCUCAAGCCCUUGGUUCCUUUUCUCUUCUCCACAAAAUCAUCAUUUAGUUUUCUUUCUGCUGGAAGUUUUCAACAACAUUAUCCAGUACCAAUUUGAUGGUAAUUCAAGUCUGGUUUAUGCCAUUAUUCGCAAGCGGAACAUCUUUCAUCAGUUGGCAAAUCUGCCCUCUGAUACCCCUUCUAUUCAGCGUGCACUCCAGAGAAAGAAGAAGCCCGUUGAGCCAAUCUCACGCACAAAUUCUCAAGAUGGUGCAUCUAUGGAGGGUUCUCGUCCUGCUGCCCCUGCGGAGCCAGGCACACUGAAAACCAGCCUUAUAGCCACACCAGCUAUAGAGAAGCUGACAGAGAAAUCACAGGUGUCAGAGGAUGGUACUCUGCGAGCAAUUGAUCCUGAUGUCUCCCAAGCUGAAUUAGAGGAUGGUGCUCAGGGCAGACAGACCAGACGCUUUUCAAAUGUCUCAUCAUCCUCCCAGUGGAACCCAACCACAGACUGGGUCAUGUCGUGGAAGGUAAAGCUGCCACUUCAGACGAUAAUGCGGCUUCUGCAAGUCCUUGUGCCUCAAGUGGAGAAGAUCUGCAUUGACAAGGGUCUAACAGAUGAAUCUGAGAUCCUGAAGUUCCUCCAGCAUGGGACCUUAGUGGGGUUACUUCCUGUACCUCACCCCAUAUUGAUCCGCAAGUAUCAAGCAAAUGCUGGCACCGCUAUGUGGUUUCGCACGUAUAUGUGGGGUGUCAUUUACCUGAGAAACAUGGAUCCACCUGUGUGGUAUGACACUGAUGUGAAGUUGUUUGAAAUCCAACGAGUUUAGCACUGAACCAUUAAAAUGAAAUGCUGCUCCCCUUUCCUUUUGCAUUACUAGAGACAUCCUCACAUCCCAAUAUAUCAUUGUCCACACCUAUACGUCAUAGACAACUAGACAUCUAUUUACAUCUAACGCAGAUAUCUCCAGCUCCGUCUUUUAUGUGUUCAGUCUUUGACAUUUCUUCUCUGUGGUGGGGUGGGGUUGUUGGGCACUGUGAAAGUGCUGUCCCAACCUUGAAGUGUACACAAUAAAAAUAUUAUAUAUUAAUAAAUAUAUCUAUAACAAA